UGUUCUUCGUUACGAGCACUCCUCUCUUGCCGCCGAUUCUCGUUACCUCAGGGAGAUGUCGAACAACCCAUCAUCUUCUAGGCGUCCGCCACUUGGGCUUCGGUUCUGCCCCACAGACGUGGAGCUCGUCACUCGUUAUCUACCGAGGAGGAUCAACAGCGGACCCUGCGAUGACGGUGUAAUCCGAGACAUGGACGUGUACAGCAAAGAGCCAUGGCUGCUUCCUCACAGGAGACAUCCACUUUUGGAAGAGGGCCAUUGGUACUAUUACACUGAACUCGCCCCCCUUUCAGGCAAGACCACUGCAGGAAAGAGGGCGAAGAGAAAGGUUGAGGAAGACCCUGAUGGCAGAUCUUGGAACUCCACGGCCAGGGAGUCAGAUAUCUUGUUGAACGGUCAAGUCGUGGGGAGAAAGAUGGUCCUCAAGUUCGGUGAUAACAAGAAGAAGAAGAAGAACGAGAAAGGGGAGAGCAGUAAGGCGAGAAACUGGAUCAUGACUCAGUACCGGCUACUUUCAGCGUCUUUCCAAAAACAUGUGAUCUGCUGGAUUCGUGACUUGUCCAAAGAGGGUUCAUCUUCCAAUGAAGCUUCUUCCUCGGCCUGGGCCCAGACAACUGAAGAUCGUGCUCCCGUACCUUAUAUGGCAUCGUCAAAUGGGUUGAGUGUCCAACAUCAUUCACCGGCGGUUCCGUCUGAGUUGGAGCAAACAGCAGCACUACCAGCGGUUGAGUCGGUUCCUUCACAACACUGGGAUUAUCUGUACCCUCCCAUCCAAAAUCCCGACAUGCAACCUCUUCUUAUCCAACAUCCCAACAUGCCAUCAUUUCGGAUCGAAGACCGGAACAUGCCAUCUAUCCAAGAACUCUACAUGCCAUCUCUGAUCCAAGAGCUCAACAUGCCGUCUCUUAUCAACCAUCCAAUCAGGCCAUCUCGGAUCCAAGAAUCCAACAUGCCAUCAUUUUGGAUCGAAGAACCCGACAUGCCAUCUCUUCUUAUCCAGCAUCCGAACAUGCCAUCUCGGAUCCAAGAGCCCGACAUGUCAUAUCUGGUUGAAGAUCCAAACAUGUUGUGGACAGAAAAUCUGUCGCUUGUUCCUCACGCAACUGGUUUCACGGAAGUGCCUUCGACCGGGGAACAACCAUUGGUUCCUUAUGCUUCAAACACUGUGGUUGCAGCUUCUCCAAGUGAGUUAGACACAAUCCCUCGUGAAGCCGAAACUGAGCAGCAAGGCACGAACAGAGGAGGAAUAGCUGUGUCUGAAGAAAGAGAAAUCUGGUUGUCACAGUUGGUGGAGCACAUGACAGCAGAGAUGGAAACCCCUUUAGAGACAUUGAACGAGGAAAGCCCUUUGAUUGAAGUCCCCAUGUUUUCAUGGGAGUAUCCAUCUCCGUUCCAACAACAAGCCCCACCAGUUGCUGCAUCUGCUCGUCAGGAAGAUGAGGAUUAA